AUGGAGUAUAGAAAAAGUAAAACCAUCUAUGAGUUGGAUACUCCAUUUACAUUAGCUAAUUGGCCACAAGUAUCUUUUAAAGAUCAAGAAACCAUUGUGGAACUUCUAUGCAGUUUACUGUCCCCCAUUGGAGCAUAUCGCUCCAAUCAUAUCACUCCAUCUAAAGGAAAGCGGAGCAAGAAGCGCAAGAGAAGAGACCUGAAGUCAGAAAAUGAGAGGCCCUCAGAAACCCCUUCAUCGCCUGAAAUAUCAUCUUAUAUCGUCACAGGCCUUAAUAGUAUCCAUCGAAUGCUAGAAGAAUCAUCUAAAAGAGGCGUUGAGAUCAAAGAAAGUCUCGACACUGGACUAGAAACUCGGCCCCAAUCUAACGAAGUCGACUCGGGUACUCAAAGCCCACCCCAUACUCAUUUCUCAGCCAUAUUCGUCGCCCGCUCCAAUCAACACCCAAUUUUCAACUCCCAUCUCCCCCAACUCCUUAACACAGCCUCAAAAUCAUACUCUACCAAACCAUCCACAAGAUUAGUACAACUACCUAAAGGAUCCGAAACUCGAAUAGCAGCGGCACUCGGUCUACCAAGAGUUUCAUUCCUUGGGAUUCUGGACGACGCACCAAAUUCUAAGGCUUUGGUUGAUUUGAUCCGAGAUUGUGUGGGGAAAAUCGAGAUACCUUGGUUGAAUGAGGCGAAGAAAGCGGAGUUUCUGGAGACGAAAAUUAAUUCUAUUCAAACCACGAUUGGUGCGGUGAAGGCUAAAUGA